AAUUAUAUAAAACAAUGUUUAGUUGUAGUAAGAUGUGAGUGUGACACUGAAGUCUACAAUUUCUCUAAGAAAUGGACUUUAUGGUCAAAACAGUUUUUCUUCUUCUUAUCAUAAAACAGAACUUGUACAUUCUCUGUGUACCGGACUACUGGUCUGAAGAUUAUGAUCAAGGGAAAAAUUGCCAGGAUGAAGAUUUGAUUGUUAAAAUAGAAAAGAAAGAGGUAAAGGGGUUUUGCGAGGCAGCUGAUGGAAAUCUUAGUGAUUCACAGGUGUUUCAUGAAUGUAAGCUUAGUUUGGGGAAAACUCUGGCAGGACUGUGUGGAUCUACAGCAGUAGAAGAGGCUGGAAAAUUGUUGUUCUGUAAGAACGAUCAGCGGACAAUGUGCUGUUCCAGCAAUUUUACCUGUGUGGAAAAUUGGCUCGCCAUUAGUGAUCAUUUCAUCAAAACAGCAGUUGAUUUUCUAAAAGAUCAGAAAAAAUGGCUUGAAAAAGAAAAAACUAAAGGAUACGAGUCUUGUCAUUCACUUAAUACAAGUUUGGAUGCUAGCAUUUGUCAACAAGAUUGUGAAAAAUAUGAAAAAUCUACAUUUGCUACAAAUUGCAAGAAAGACGGAGGAUUUUUUAAAUGUUGCAUCAGGCGGGAUAAGGCAAACUGUCAUGAGUGUAGAUUUUGUUGCACAAUGCUCAUGUGCACGAUGAAUACUGAUAAAAAGGAGAGACACACUGUAUUUUCCAACUACAUUGUGAAUGAUAAUAAUACAGUGGAUUCUAACAAUAUAUCCUCAAAACAAGAAGCACAAGAACUCUUUUAUUUGACAAGUAUAUUGUAUAAAGCACCAGAUUACAGAUGUUUGAAUCCGACCAGUGAAAAGGACGCAACAAAGUGGGGAGCCUAUGACCCAACAGAACUAGUCAAUGCAAAAUCCAAGGAAGAACUUGAUAAGGUGAAUAGAAAUAAAGAGAUACAUUUCCGAGGUUUAAAAAAGGUGAAAACUUACCCUUUUGAUAAGAGGUUUAUGAAUUAUGAAGAUCCCGAAAUCUUGAAACUUAUGACAGAUUUACUCUAUAUGUUUUCUACUCUGGGAAUAGGGAAGAAUAAGAAAAGAAACUGGAAGGAAACAUAUGGUGUUGAUCAUGCAUCAAAAAAUACCAAGCAAGAAGCGAAUAAGGUCCUUCUUGAUUGUGUGAAAGCAGAGAACAGCAAGUUUGCCAAGAAAUGCAGAAAAAAUAAUGGAUUAUUCAAAUGCUGUCUGGGCGGAUGGAACCUAACUACCUUUCAUGACACAAGAAAGUAUUUGAAGAAACUAAAAUUGAUCAGCUCCGUUGAAGAAGAUUUGUGCGCAGAUGACAAUUGUUUUGUAAACGUAAAUGUGCAUUUUUGCGCUACACGGAACUCCGAGUCAGGGCUUGUUAAUUUGGAAUUCAAAACACCACUAGCCAACCCACUGGGAGGAGGAUGGUUUGGGAAUGCAGAGCAAAAUUCAAAACUGAAAUCCGAAUCCUUCGACUUGAGGCUGGGAUCCCGAGUACAAAACUGCCAAUACUUGGAUACUUGUGCACCAACCCCGGUUGCCUUUGAUACAACAAGUGUGUUCCUUCAUGCUUAUGACAGAGAUUCAUUCUGCGACCUAGGAAUGAAGGAUGUUUCUUACAGCAUCUCCUACAAGUCUGAUGAGACAAAGGAAGAAUGUAUGAAAAGAAAAUAUCCAAACAUCAGAAUUUGCCCAAAAGAAAAGUUCGAUAAAAAAGCAAAUUUACCAGAACGAGGAAGGAUAUUUACUGGAGCCAUGGAAACUCUGUGGAAGGAAAAUAAGAAGAAAAAUGUUAAAAACAAGAAAAACAAGAAAACACAAAAUGCAAGAGAAAAAAAUAUACGGGAGUUUCCCACAGAGGAUGAGGCUUUAGAGACGACUGUUCGGAAUUUAUUCGGUCUUUUUCUUAUAUAUUAAUGAUUUUCUGCAACUAUAAACUUUUCUCUUUCUUUUCCACAAAAUUAGAAAGGCCUUAAAAAGGCAGACGACUAAAUUUAACGCUGUAAUCGUCAGAUUAAAAAAAGCAGGCCGUUUUUACAGUCUUUUCCUUAGCGAUUCCUGUAUAUCCAACGUACAUUUACUGCAUACCCUCCAACUAAUCACUGGUUAUUGACAAAA